UUUCAGUCAAGCAUGUAUAUUGUCAAGCAUUAGCACUGACAUGGAUAUCCACGGCAAGGUAGCGAUCGUGACUGGUGGUGCCGAUGGUAUCGGACGAGCCAUUGUUGAACAGUUACUGAUCAAAGGUGCUAAAGCUGUAACAAUUUUAGACGUUAAUGUUGAGACGGGAGAAAAGACACUGGAAGAACUAAGACAAGAAUAUGGAGAAGACAGAUUGGUGUUUGUCAAAUGUGACGUCAGCGAGGCUACACUGCUUGAAGCUGCGUUUGCAUCAACAAAGUCACGUUUUGGUGGACUGGAUAUUGUGUGUAAUAAUGCUGGCAUUGGAAAUGAAUUUAAACUAGAUCUGUGCGUGGCAGUUAAUUUGGUAAAACGUGCAUGGGUGCGUGUCAAUGGUGCCCCUGGUAAAGAUUCAAUCCUUGUAAUUUUCACUCAGACAGCUGUGAUCAGAGGUACAUAUCUCGCUGUAGAACACAUGGGGACAAAGAAUGGGGGAAAUGGAGGCGUGGUUAUAAAUACUGCAUCUACAUCCGGAUUUUACGCCAUACCUUUAUCGCCAAUUUACGUAGCUACAAAACAUGGCGUUGUUGGAUUCACUCGAAGUGUCGCUAAAGAACCAAUGGUAGUAGAUAAUGGCGUGCGUGUGUCUGCCAUAUGUCCAGGGGUUACCAAAACAUCCAUCAUCGAUUUAAAAGACGUGGACGAGAAGAGUCGCUAUGGAAACAUACUGCGUAAGGUCUUUAAAAACCCACAAGGCAUGACGCCUACAGACGUUGCCAUCAGUGUGAUAACUAUGAUAGAAGAUACUAAAUACGACGGUAGUACGUGUAUGGUGACUCAUAAAACGCCACUAGAAAUUGUAGAUCAGCCAAAUAUUGUGAUGACAUGACCAGAG